GUCGAGAUGGCCGCAGUUGCGAUGCAUCUCCAUGACGAGAUUGCACAGGAAGACAUUGUGGCGGUGAUCGGAGGCAAGGAUCUGAGCGUGCAGUGCCUGGCCCUGUGCCACAUUCUUGGAUCUGGAUGCCUGCUUGAGCAGCGCCGCGUAGCGAUCGCGAUCCGUGUGGUCCAACAUAGACUUGGGAGUUUUAGGGUUCUUGGAGGAAGCUUUGAGCGAUGGCGGAGGAGCUGGAUGAGCUCUUGAUGUUCCUUUCUUCGCCAGCGCCAAACCUUAGAAAGGCCGCGGUAGACAUCAUCGAAGGCUUGACUGGAAGCGACGAGGGGAUUGCCAAGCUCAGCACCAAGCUCUCGAUUCUCCUCCCGGCUCUCGUACAGCUCCUUGCUGGUAACAAGCUCGUUGCGAAGCCAGCGGCAGGAGCUCUGGUCAAUCUGUCACAGGAUCAGGAAGUGGGAGAGAUGCUGCUUGAACUGGGAGCUGUUGCAAGCGCCAUGGAUCAGAUAGGCAAGCAAGGCCAGGACGUGGAUAAGCUCAUGGUGAUGCUCCUCGUGAACUUGACGACUCUAGAGCCUGGUGCUCGGCUGCUAUGCGAGGAGGGCGAUGAGAAGCUCAAAGGACUACAUAUGAGUCGUCUCGUGAGAUUGUUCUCGCGGACCCCAGAAGAAGGUAUGAUAAGAAAGCUGUUCUUGUACACUACCUGUGUGUGUUGCGUAGGUGACGAUGCGUACGAGCACGUUGGAGCAAUUCUUGUCAACGUAUCGCGAACGGACUUGGGACGCAAGCUCAUGCUGGACACCAAGCGAGGCCUCUUGAAACAGGUUUUACGCCAAUGCGACUCCAAGAGUCUUGUUCGCAGGCGAGGAGUGAUUGGCACCAUCCGCAACUGUUGUUUUGAAGCUCCGUCCCAUCUGCCGAGCUUGCUUUCCCUGUCCGAGCUUCUGUGGCCAUGUCUCAUCCUUCCAGCCGCAGGAAGCAAGAUCUAUAGCGAAGAGGAGCGAUCCAAGAUGCCCCCGGAGCUGGCGGUUCCAUUGUCCAUAGAACGCCAGGCGGAACCAGACUCCCAGAUCCGUCGCGAAGCCUUGGAUGCUCUCUACCUGCUCAUAAAGCAGGAGGCUGGAUUUAGAGCGUUUUGGGAGCUCGGUGGAGCCGACGUUCUCAAGUCCGGCUACGAGAACGAAGAAGAUCCGGAAGUCAUGGACAAGUACGAGCAGCUGGGGUCACUGGUAAGAACUGACACACACGCACUUCUUUUUUUCUCCCUGCAUGCGCGUACGUAUCAAACUCAAACACAUUCUUCUACGCGUGCGCGUCACAGAUCAUCGCGCAGAGUGGCAGCAGCUCUUGACCGCAGUGAUCGAUGAUCGAUUCGGUUUGACAAAUUGUUAGCGAAAGACUGGAGAAAAGUUUGUGUCAAGCACACUCACACCGGAAAAGUCCUUGAAUAUUCGCUCCUUCUGCACACGCCUACUAGUCAACGGAGGUUUUUGCGUGCUUCGCUCUUCUCGUACAAAGAGAAGAAAACAAAAGCCAAAGGUUUUUAUUU